AUGAGCUCAGCACGGUCAGAGAUCGAGGGUAUCAAGAAGCAGAUUCAAGAAAAGUACUCGAACGUCAAUGGAGCCGGUUCGCAGGGCUCUGACGGCGAAAAUGGUUGGAAGGAUCUGCUGCAAAGUGUGAAGAAUAACGUGUAUCAGUACAAGGGCAUCAAUCAGGCGUCCAGAGAGAAAUAUUUUAGUGCGAACGCUCGGAUCCUGGAGGACCCACUGGAGUCGUCGUUCCAGUACCGUGUAUGCAACAAUUGCGGUGUGCCGUUGGCUUUAAACAGUAUAAUGGAUCAUUUGGAAAACCAUUGCAAGGGGACUGCGGCGGAGUCGCCGCGAGAAAUGAAGAAGGAACUUACGGAUGAUGACGUUGGGAGCAUCUCGUCAAACAAGAGGAAAAAUAUGGAGUCCAGCGUUAGUAGCUUCGAUGGCAAGACGUAUCCCGUCGAAGCGGCGUCGCCAACACCGAGACCUGAUCAAAAGAGGCUCAAAGAAAGCAGCGAAACGCCGGUGAAGAGGCAGCGUAAGGUGAAGCAAAGAAAUCCGACCGAAAAGCAUUUAAUCGAUUUCGACAAACAGUGUGGUGUGGAAUUGCCAGAGGGUGGUUACUGUGCGCGAUCCUUGACCUGUAAAUCACACUCGAUGGGCGCUAAAAGGUCCGUGGUUGGUAGGACACAGCCAUUUGACAUGCUGUUGGCAGAAUAUCACAAGCAGCAUCAGACCAAGAUCGGAGCUGCAGCAGAGAAACGUGCGAAGCAACAGGAAAUACAGAAGCAGCAGAAGCAGAUUCAGAAAGAGCAGAAGAAGCAGUUGCAACAGCAGAAACAAAGCCAGAGAGGCAGGAAAGGUAACUCGACAAGUGCGGGGAACAACUCCAAGACCUCCAGCGGCGGACUCUCUCAUCUCUCUGACGCCACAGGUCUCAACAUGAAUGUGACGCCCGAAGAAGAGACCACUCAAGUCUUGAACGGGGUCUCCCGAUCAUUGCCUUUGCCUUUAGAGUCAACGGUUCUAUCGUCAGUCAGAAGUAGAAACAAGUAUUUUAGGAUGAGGGAGAUGUUCGCCUCUGCAUUCUCAGUCAGACCAGGGUUCACAUCACCUGGAUACGGAGCGAUCCACUCACGAGUGGGCUGCUUGGAUCUAGAUAGAACCACAGAUUACAAAUUCCGCAUACGAACACCGCAACCGAUGAACCAGCUACCCCCUCAGGGUAUGACGCCUCAGCAGAUGAAGAAACUACAGCAGCAGAGGUUGCUGCGAGCUCAGUUACAGCAAGGAAAUCAGUUGCAACAAGCGAACUAUCAACAAAAUCAGCAGCCGGUACCCCAACAAUCUAAUAACGUUCCCAAGCCUGUGAAUGGGAUAGUCAGACCUCCCCAGGAACAGACGGCAUUGGAGCAAAAGGGGCUUACGCCACAGGAGAUCCAGUUCCAGCAGCAAAAGCUACGGCAGCAGCAGCUACAGCAGCAGCGGUUCGAGGCGGCGGCCUUUCAUCUAGCUAAUGCUACAAAAUUGAUGCAGGGUCCCAACGGGAAUCCUGGGAGCACAGAGAUCCACAACAACAACUCCAAUUCUCCUCCGCCGGCCGGAACACCAUCUGCUAAUCAACAGAUCGUUAGCCCCAUGGGCGGAAGGGUGAACGUUGGGAUAGGAAAUUACGGUGGUAGAGUUAAUUGA